CUCGAGUCGAAUCAUUGAUGAUAAAGUCGUUCGCGUCGUCGUUGUAUCGCGUUCAGUAAACCGACGAAUGUUGAAGCUGACUAACGUGCGCGAAGCUUUUCCCGUUUACGCCUUGUUGUUCGUGUGAAGCUCGUAGUGUUAUGCGGUUUUAGUUUACAGCGUGAAUAAAUACAAAAAUUGUCCACAAAGUGUUUGCAAGAGUGGCAUAAAAAGAAGAGCAAAUAUAUAUACGUAAGCAGCAGCAGCAGCUACAGCAACAACAGCCGAAAUAACUAAAAACUAAGCGAAAACAUUCCGCAACGGGAUAAAACACAGUUAUUUCUACGCCUCAAGUUGUUCCAGAGUUUUCCAAAAUGUGCCGCUGUUUUCAGAACUGCGUGGAAGAUUGUUACUGGAACUGCUUUGAGGAGCGAUUUUGCUAUGAUGAAUCAAUCGCCAAUUACAAUGCCGAUGAUGAUGAGGAAUAUCUGGCGUCUCAGAAGCGUGGCACCAUAAUUGGACGUGCUCAGCCCACGGUGCAAGACAACAAUCAUCUACUGACAGUGCCACAACCCAUUUGCGACCAGCCACUGGGCCGCGGAAACUCGGGCCUAAUGAGCGCCAAAAUUCACGAGGAGGAUUAUCGGCGCGUGACCCAGACGAAUGUACCCAUGCUGGGACCAGAGAUAUUGGCGGUGUUUGCCAACUCGCAGAUCUUCCAAGAUCAUCAGCCCACCAAGCUGAAUCGCAUCAGCACAAAGACCUUCUUGGCUGGCAUCCAUUCGCCCAACAAGGAGGCGCCCACCACGCCACGGCUCAGCGAACAGGAGCGCCUAUUGCGCCGCCUGGAAGCUGGUCUGCAGAUUGAUGCCACAGACUCAACAAAGACCGAGGCAAGCGUAGCCGAAGCUGCGACAGCCGAGAAACGGAUUACGUUCACAUUGGCCCCCACGGAGUCCUCGCCGGAAGGCAGCCAGACGCUGACGCCGAAAAAGUUCGAGCCCAUUGCCGAAGAAGAGAAGGAGGAUGACAAGGAUAUGGACGAGGUGAUAUUGAGACCGCGUCUCAUCGACCGCCAUCCACAUCUGUUGCCCAAUGCGAGCGGAAUUCCGACCACGCCCAAGCGGACGCUUCGCGCUGCCAAAAGCGUGCCGCACAUGCAUGUGGCGGGCAGCGAUACGGACAUAUUCGCCAUCACGGGCACUGGCAGCCAGAUCAGCAUGACGCCGGAGGUGCCCUCCAUAUCCUUCAGCAAUCUGCCGAAGAACUACGAGGAUACGCCGACCAUAGAAAAGUAUCGCGUAUCGCAGAGUCUCUACUCCAUACAGAAUGCAAAUGCGGCUCGUGCCUCACAGGAUGACUAUUCCAUGCCGCGUUACUUCCGGCGAUCCAAUAUGCUCUUAACUCAAAGCACCGAAAUUCUGCCCAGCUCCACAUCGCUGGCCUCCAUAUCAACGUCAGCGGCAUCGACUUCCUCCUCCAGGAACGAGCUGCGCCGCCCCGAGCAGCCCAAGAGCAAGCGCCUCCAAAUGCUGCGUGGCAAUCUGCCUCCGCUGCUCAUCCAUUCCGUGUCCUUCAAGCGCAAUCGAGAGGAAGGCAAGCAAGUUGAUUAGCUCUCUACAUCUAAAAAUGUGACCUUAUCUUGGCUUCGAUAUUUCUUAUACUCAUUGAAAAUGUGGUUAAGCUGAGUGCAAUAUUGUGGUUAGAAUGUAUGCUAAAGGCCGUAGGAGGCGUGCUCGAUUCCAUUUGCUAUAUAUAUUACUGAUCAGGAUUAACAGUCAAGCUAAGCUAGAUCUGUCUGCCUGUGGGUCCUUAAAAUGUGUAACUCAGUUAGAUUUUUCUAUAUCAUCGAUAGGUUCCUCCAUUUCGUUUAAAUCAAUUAAAAUCCAUAUGAAACUUUAGUAAUUUAUAAAUAUUUUGAAAGUUUCAAGAACAAGAGUUAAAUGUUAAAUACUAAUCUUAUUGAAAACCUUUUGAAAUAUUACCAAAUUCUGAAAAAAGUCUCAUUUUCGAAGAGCACGACACGUCCUUCAAGGUAUUUGCUAGUCGGGCAUUGCCGACUAGAGCACUUACUUGUUACUUAAAGGGAAUGUGCCUUAGU